AAUUCUUUUUUAUUACAAUCUCCUUUCUAAGUUUAACAGUUGGAGCAGCUGAGAAUCACAUACUGUUUCCAUAUCAAAAGCUUGUGUUUGGGCAGACUCUUGUUUCUCAAAACCAAGUUUUCGAAACCGGCUUUUUUUCACCUGGAAAAUCGUUGAAGAGAUUCCUGGGAAUAUGGUACAAGAACACACCAGAUGUUGUAGUGUGGGUUGCCAAUAGAAACCAUCCCAUUUCUGCCUCAGAAUCACCAGUUUUGAUGAUUUCUGAAAAUGCAAGUCUUGUUAUAAGCAGUGGCAGAAGCAUCAUCUGGUUGGCGAAUUCAUCGAGGGUGGCCUCAAAUCCAGUGUUACACCUCCUGGACUCGGGAAACUUGGUUCUUGUACACGACACGAGCUCUACAACCGAAGAGUACCUAUGGCAGAGUUUUGACUAUCCAACUGACACCUUGUUACCAGGAAUGAAAAUAGUGGAUGACAAUGAAGCUGGUGUUGAGAGGUAUUUGACAUCAUGGAGAAGUCCAGACGAUCCUUCUCCCGGGGAAUACGUUCACAGGAUCCAAAACCGGGGCUUGGCUCAGAUGGUGACUCUGAGAGGGGGAAUGAAAAAAUACCGGCUUGGACAGUGGAACGGGAUAUGUUAUGCGGGUGCUCAAAAAUUUCCCAGUGCCGUUUACAAACCAGAGUUUGUUUUCAGAGAGGAGAGGAUGAUAUCUGUAGGAGAGCCCUACCAGAGCUUACUUCUGGUGAGAGCCACUUUAGAUACAUCUGGCGCGAUCUUGUGCCAUACCAUGAAUCUCAGAAGAGACAAGUGGAAUCUUGUCACUAUGUUUCCUCUCGAUACAUGCGAUGAAUAUGCUACCUGUGGACCUAACUGCAUCUGCAAACCUGAUAGGCCGAUUAGAUGCGAGUGUUUAAAAGGAUUUGCGCCAAAGUUCCAAAAGGAUUGGGACCUUCAAGAUUGGUCGGGUGGAUGCACUAGAACUAAACCAUUGAACUGCAAUGGGGGAGAUGGAUUUCAUCAGGUUGUUGGGGUCAAAUUUCCGGAUAUGUCGAGGUUUUGGUUGAAUACAAGCAUGAGCCUUGGUGAGUGCAGAGUUGAGUGCUUAAAAAACUGUGGCUGCACUGCUUUUGCUAAUCCCUUCAUUACUACUGGAAGCACUGGCUGCUUGAUGUGGUUUGAUGAUCUCAUUGAUACCAAGCAACUUCCUUCAGCGUAUAAUAACCAACACAUCUACAUCCGUGUACCGACAUCUGAAUUUGAUUUUGACAUGGGUUUAGAGGAGGAGAAGGAAAAGAAAAGGCCUACAAGGUUAAUAGUGAUAUCAAUUGUUUCUGGUGUUCUUGUCUCGGCCAUUAUCAACGGAAGUGUACUUUUCGUGGCAAGACGAAAAAGGCAAGCAGUAAAAAGGAAUAGUGAGGAUGUAGAAUUACCUACAAUCAAGAUGGCAACUAUUCUACAAGCAACAAAUAAUUUCUCCGUGGAAAACAUGAUUGGACAUGGAGGUUUUGGUCCUGUUUAUAAGGGGUACAUGCCAACAGGCGAAGUAAUAGCAGUCAAAAGAAUGUCGAGAUCUUCACAACUUGGUCUCGAAGAGUUCGGAAAUGAAGUGAUGGUAAUUGCGAAACUUCAACACAGAAACAUUGUUAGACUUUUGGGAUGUUGCAUUGAAGAAGAGGAAAGGAUGCUGAUCUAUGAAUAUCUGGAUAACAAAAGCCUCGAUUAUUUUGUUUUUGAUAACAGUCGGAGAACACAUUUGACAUGGCCUAAGCUUUUCGAUAUUAUCAUGGGAACGGCAAGGGGUCUGCUAUAUCUCCAUCACGAUUCCAGACUAAAGAUUAUUCACAGGGAUCUCAAAACAAGCAAUAUUUUACUAGACGGAAAUUUAACUCCAAAAAUAUCAGAUUUCGGGUUAGCAAGAAUUUUCGAAGAGGAUCAAUCUCUUGCGCGAACAAAAAGAGUUGUUGGGACAUUUGGUUACAUGGCUCCAGAAUACGCGAUUGAUGGGAAAUUCUCAAUGAAAUCUGACAUCUUUAGUCUUGGAGUGGUGGUGCUGGAGAUAAUUAGUGGAAAGAAGAACAGAGGAUAUGAACACACAGAUCACUAUCUUAAUCUCUUGGGCCAUGCAUGGUUGCUUUGGAAAGAAAACAAGAUAAUAGAGUUGAUGGAUGAGUGUUUGAAGAAUACAUUUGUAGAGAAUGAAGUGAAGAGAUGCAUGCAAGUCGGGUUAUUAUGCGUUCAGAAAUUCGCAGACGAUAGGCCAACCAUGCCAUCAGUGUUUUCGAUGUUAGCAAGUGAUGGAGCAGUUUUGCCCGAACCAAAACAGCCCGGAUUUUUCAUCGAAAGAAGUUCAAGCAGUAGUGGUACUUCUUCACCAUUUGUUGAGUCAGGGAAUAAGACAAUCACCAUUACUGAGUUGGAGGCCAGGUGAAGACAUUAUGCAAAUAUGUAUGUAAAUUUAUUUUGCAAAUAAGUGUCAAAUGUUGAUAUUGCUCUUUUUAUAUGACUAGUAGAAAUAAGGAAUAAAGUUCUAGCAAUUCCAAAAGUUCCACUUGAUUUGUGUUGUCUCCAAUUUCAUUUCCUGAACCAGAAACCAUU